AGUGGACGCAACCUGCUUCUGAAUUUCACAGUCCCGACAUUAUGUUGUAUGAAUCCAUAUUUGUAACUCCCUAAAAUCUGUAGUAAUAUUUCAUUUUCAGAUCAUGCCCCUGGAAAACGAAAUGAAAACCCCAAAAUCGUUUUUAGGCAUUUAUGGAGUUUUCAAUUCAGCAAUGACAGUCAUAGUCAUUCUUUAUAUUGGAAUAGGAUUAUAUGGUUAUUUGGCAUAUGGUCCUGACGUAGGUGGUUCUAUAUCAUAUACAAUAGGUAAUGAAAUACCUGCACAAGUUUGCAAAGUAAUGCUUUCCCUGGCCAUAUACACUUCCCACCCUUUACAAAUGUAUCCGGCAAUUGAUACUGUGUGGAAGCAGUAUUUGCAGCCGAAAUUAGAGAAGAGUCCUCAUCAAACGUUCUACGAGUACGCCACUAGGACUUUCAUGGUAUUUUUUUGCUUCUGUUUGGCAGCAGCUGUACCGUACAUCGACCUAUUCAUCUCGUUAUUCGGAGCUCUCAGUUUGUCAGCACUGGGAUUGGCUUUUCCAGCCCUCAUCUACAUCAGCACCCAUUGGGACUCUUUGAAAGGUGUUAGAGGAACUAUGAUCAUAGUCAGGAACAUCGUUAUAUUCUGUUUCGCCAUCGUAGGACUCUUAAUAGGGACUUGCACGAGUUUGGAGAAGAUAAUAGAAAAAUUUUCGAUGAAAAACUCAACUCUGUGAUACUUCAAAUGUAGGUCGUUAUAUUAUGCAGGACAGAAGCACAUUCUAUAGUA